CUUUUUUUUGUGUUGUUUUUUGGUUGGAUUUUAGUUACAACAACGAUGUUACGGAGAGGGCAGGCGAUGCUGCCUUUCUUCUUAUUGGCCUGGGUCUUGAGGCUCACACAAGCUCUUGCUUCAGCUCAUGAUCGCCUGCAGGAUGAAGCAGCUGCAAAUUCCAUGUCAGGGACAGGAAACUUGGAUCGUGGAGGGAACUUGAGCUUAGCUACUGAUUUAGCCAUUCCUUAUGCUGAGGACCUUUUUUCUAAACCGGAUUACUUUUCACCAAAUGGAAAAAGUGAACUUUCUGAGAUUGCUGGUUAUUCUGCAGAACAACAGAUGCAGUCUCUUGAUCAUGUGUUUUCUGAGUCUGAUUCUACAAACGAUGGGCUUUUUGAUUUCAGCCAGCAUUAUAGGUAUGAUGUGGAUGCUCUUGAACAGCCUGGCUUUUCCAAUCCAGAUAGUGAUGACUUCAAUUCUGAUUUGACCAAGAACUCUGUCCCUUUUGCUGCUGACGACUACCCUAUGGCUUCAGACUCUGAAGGCGAUGUGGAACAUGCACUUUUUACUGAUCGGAGUAAUGACCCCGAUGACUUCCCAGAAGUCUCAGCAUAUGCUCAUUUAGCUACUUCAGAUAAAGAAAAUGUGUCUAAUAUUGCUAGCCUUGAUCUCAAUGAUUCGGUUAAUCUUGCAGCAGAAAUGGGUAUAGGUGAACUUGGCAAAGAGUUUGAUUCUUCUGACCACAAGUCUGGUACCUAUUCUGAAACCCUAGGCUAUGAUUCUGUUGCCUUUGCAGAUCUUGAAAAGGAAGGCACUGAUACUUUGCAUCCUGGUGUGCAUUCCUAUCAUCGUAAGGACCAAGUUACUGGUGACCUCAAUGAAAUGCAUGUUUCUUCUUUUGACCGCUCUGUACUUACUGAUAUAAAUCUGGAGUUGGAUGAAGCUCUUUCUCCAGCUCUUAAGAUUGCCAGUGCACUCAACUCUCCUGAUCUCUCCGGAGGUCCCAGGGUGCCAAGCAGCAUCUAUGAUGCCUCUAUGGGGCCCUAUGGUGUAUUUAAUCGACCUAUUACCCCACCAAACCCUCCUCCCCAUAGCACAGGAGAGCCAACCACCCUGGCUUCAGCAACUACAUGUGGUGUUGCAGACAUGGCCAUCAAAUUGUUUGGUGGAAGGCUAACAGACCUCAAAGUGCGAGCUGCCUUCAUAUUUGUUGAAGUAAGCAAGAUUACGCAGAGGUGCAGAUACAAAGUGUUUGAGAGAAAUGGAGUUGUCCACUUUACAACUGCCUUCAAAGGUUGCAAUGUGAAGAUACAGGGUGGGCAAUAUGUCCUGACCCUGAUGUGGAGAAACCACUAUGUGCAUAUGACCUGUCCAAUUUCUACACCUGAUAAACCUGUUACAAUCUGUGGUACGAGUAGCAUGACCAUCACACUCCCAGCAGGACCAGUAGAAGCACUUCGUGUAAAAAAUAAAUUAAACAAAUGGGUAUCCAUUCACCAAGUUGCUGUUAAAUGCAAAUAUCAACUGUUGCGUGAUUCAGAGGGAAGGAUCACUUUCACUACUUCCUACAAUGGAUGUCACGUGAGGAGAUCGAUGGAUCGUUACUUCUAUAACAUCUACUAUCAAAUGGCUCCAGGGAAGCUAGGACAGGCAGUCAUGUCUUGUAGGACCGGAAUUAAUGUCACAGUCCCACCUGAAGCGUCUUUGCCGUCUGUAUUUUGUGCCAAGUCUGGCAUGAUAAUCAAAUUGCCUAAGGGACGUCUUGAUGCAGUCAAAGUGAUAGAUGGUUUUGGCAAGGCAAUACCUGUUGGUAAUAUUGCCAAGAAAUGUAAUUAUCAACUCUUUCAAAUGAAGACUGGACACAUCAUCUUGAUUGCUUCCUUCCAAAGCUGUCAAGUUGCGUUUGUGGAUGGUUGCUUUGCCUUGAAUAUCAAGUUCCAGCAUGCUGAUCGUGUAAUGGGAGAGGUCUCUGCGCUUUGCCAUGCAGGUGGGGGACCAAAACCAACUUCCCAACCUGAUACUCCUACAACUCGAGAUGUAACUUCCAGUAUACUGUCUACAGUAAUUCCUGCGGAUGUGUCUGCUACCAUCUGCAACAAGGAUGGCAUGACAGUAGUUCUACCCAAUGGUCCUUGGUGGGGGAUUAGAGUGAAAGAUCUUUCUGGCAAAGAGAUCACUGUGACUAGUGAUUUUGCAGAACGAUGCCAUUACAAUCUCUCUCUGCAUCUGGAGAAAAUAAUCUUUACAACUACCUACACUGGCUGUUUUGUUGAGCAAGUGGGAGAUCGGUAUGUCCUGACUGUAAUGUACAGGACAGCUACUUGGAAUCGAGGGUCUGUGCGGAUGGAAUGCCCAACCAGUGCUGGAAGCCCUACAGAAUUGCCUCCUCUUUCAGCCACUGUGGGGAAACCCAUUAGUGUCUGCAGGUCCUCUAACAUGACUGUGGUGCUGCCUGCAGGAUCUCUGGAAAAAGUCUUGGUUCUAGAUCACCUCAACAGGCCAGUAAAAGUCAUUGAUGCGCCCAAGUCAUGCAAUUACAGCAUGGUGGAGAGAAGAGGACAGAUCCUCUUCACAGCUCCCUACAGUGCCUGUGAUGUCAAGAUCCUGAAUGGAAACUAUGUCCUGGCCAUUAUGUAUACAAGUUAUUCUGGAGGCUUUGCGUCAGUGCAGAUGGAAUGCCCUACCACUGGAGAACCAACAAAACCCCCUCCCUCUACAAAACCCAUUCCUCCAACUCCUGUCUGUGGCGCUUCCAGCAUGAUCGUGGCGCUGCCUGAGGGGCCUCUGGAACAAGUCAAGAUAAUGAAUGCCUCCAAUGGGCUAUGGGUAGCUGUAAAGGAUGUCCCAAAGAACUGCAACUACACACUGAUGAAGGAAAGAGGAAGAAACCUCUUCAUAACCUCCUACAAGGCCUGUCAUGUCUGGAUACUGAAUAAAAACUAUGUCUUGACUGUAAUCUACACAACUGCAACUGGGGUAAGAGGGAUGGUGCAAAUGACUUGUCCAGCUGUAGAGACAACAUCCCUUACUACUAGGUCUACAAGUAUUGGGAAGCCAGUGACUACUGGGAAACCUACAAAACCAACUCUCCCUCCCACUCCUGUCUGCAAAGCCUCCAGCAUGACUGUAGCACUGCCCUCUGGGUCACUACAAGUUUUGUUAUUGAAUCUGUCCAAUGAAUGGGUAGAUAUCGAUGCUGCUCCCAGUUACUGCAACUACAGUUUGGUGCAGGGAAGAGGCGGCAGGAACUUCUUUACAGCCCCUUACAGGGCUUGUGAUGUCCGGAUACAGAAUGGAAACUACAUGUUGACCUUGCUUUACAUAACUGCUGCUGAUAAACGAGGGUACUUGGACAUUAGAUGUCCCACCACUGGUGGGGAGCCAACAGAGACUACUAGCCCCUCUGGUGGGGAGCUGACCGGAACUACUGCUGGAGAAACGACAACUACUUGGAAACCUACAAUGCCUACUCUCCCUGACACUGCUCUCUGCAGAGCCUCCAGCAUGACUGUAGAAUUGCCCUCUGAGUUGCUUCAAGUUCUACUAUUGAGUCCAUCCAAUGAAUGGGUAGAUAUCAGUAAUGCUCCCAGUUACUGCAACUACAGUUUGGUGCAGGGAGGAGGCGGCAGGAACUUCUUUACAACCCCCUACAGGGCUUGUGAUGUCCGGAUACAGGAUGGAAGCUACAUCUUAACCUUACUCUACAUAACCAUUGCUAAGGGAGGCUACGUGCACAUGAGAUGUCCAAUAAAAACCACUACUAAGCCAACCAAGACUUCUAGAACCACCACUAGGAAGACUACCAGUAUCGCCACUGUAGGGGUGACCGAGGCCCCUGCAACUGUGGUCUGCACCGCCUCCAGUAUGGUGGUGGAGCUGCCCAAGGAACCUCUAAGACUUGUGAAGGUUCUAGAUAAAUCCAACCGGUGGGUAGCUGUCAUUGAUGCUCCCAAGUACUGCAACUACACCUUGUUGCAGGGAAGGGGAGGGAACUUCUUCAUAACCCCCUACACGGCCUGUGAUGUCAGGAUAUUGAAUAACAACUAUGUUUUGAAGAUCUGGUAUUUGGCAACUGGUGGCAAAAAAGGGUAUAUGGUGAUGAAAUGCCCCACCGAUGCUGGAGAACCCACAAAAGCACCAACUACUUGGGAGCCAACCAAGAGUACCAGGACCACCAUCAGGAAGACUACCAUAACAACCAUUGGGGAGCCGACCAGGACCACCAGCAGGCAGACCACCAGCAGGAGGCCUACCAGGACCACCAGCAGGAGGACUACCACAACAACCAUUGGGGAGCCAACCAGGAACACCAGCAGGAGGCCUACCAGGACCACCAGCAGGAGGACUACCACAACAACCAUUGGGGAGCCUACCAGGACCACCAGCAGGAAGACCACCAGCAGGAGGCCUACCAGGACCACCAGCAGGAGGACUACCAUAACAACCAUUGGGGAGCCAACCAGGACCACCAGCAGGAGGCCUACCAGGACCACCAGCAGGAGGACUACCACAACCAUUGGGGAGCCUACCAGGACCACCAGCAGGAGGCCUACCAGGACCACCAGCAGGAGGACUACCACAACCAUUGGGGAGCCUACCAGGACCACCAGCAGGAGGCCUACCAGGACCACCAGCAGGAGGACUACCACAACCAUUGGGGAGCCUACCAGGACCACCAGCAGGAGGCCUACCAGGACCACCAGCAGGAGGACUACCACAACCAUUGGGGAGCCUACCAGGACCACCAGCAGGAGGACUACCAUAACAACCAUUGGGGAGCCGACCAGGACCACCAGCAGGAAGACCACCAGCAGGAGGCCUACCAGGACCACCAGCAGGAGGACUACCACCACAACCAUUGGGGAGCCAACUAGGACCACCAGCAGGAGGCCUACCAGGACCACCAGCAGGAAGACUACCACAACCAUUGGGGAGCCUACCAGGACCACCAGCAGGAGGACUACCAUAACAACCAUUGGGGAGCCAACCAGGACCACCAGCAGGAAGACCACCAGCAGGAGGCCUACCAGGACCACCAGCAGGAGGACUACCACCACAACCAUUGGGGAGCCAACUAGGACCACCAGCAGGAGGCCUACCAGGACCACCAGCAGGAGGACUACCACAACAACCAUUGGGGAGCCAACCAGGACCACCAGCAGGAAGACCACCAGCAGGAGGCCUACCAGGACCACCAGCAGGAGGACUACCACCACAACCAUUGGGGAGCCAACUAGGACCACCAGCAGGAGGCCUACCAGGACCACCAGCAGGAAGACCACCAGCAGGAGGCCUACCAGGACCACCAGCAGGAAGACUACCACAACCAUUGGGGAGCCUACCAGGACCACCAGCAGGAGGACUACCAUAACAACCAUUGGGGAGCCAACCAGGACCACCAGCAGGAAGACCACCAGCAGGAGGCCUACCAGGACCACCAGCAGGAGGACUACCACCACAACCAUUGGGGAGCCAACUAGGACCACCAGCAGGAGGCCUACCAGGACCACCAGCAGGAGGACUACCACAACAACCAUUGGGGAGCCAACCAGGACCACCAGCAGGAAGACCACCAGCAGGAGGCCUACCAGGACCACCAGCAGGAGGACUACCACCACAACCAUUGGGGAGCCAACUAGGACCACCAGCAGGAGGCCUACCAGGACCACCAGCAGGAGGCCUACCAGGACCACCAGCAGGAGGCCUACCAGGACCACCAGCAGGAGGACUACUACAACAACCAUUGGGGAGCCAACCAGGACCACCAGCAGGAAGACCACCAGCAGGAGGCCUACCAGGACCACCAGCAGGAGGACUACCACAACAACCAUUGGGGAGCCAACCAGGACCACCAGCAGGAAGACCACCAGCAGGAGGCCUACCAGGACCACCAGCAGGAGAACUACCACAACAACCAUUGGGGAGCCAACCAGGACCACCAGCAGGAGGACUACUACAACAACCAUUGGGGAGCCAACCAGGACCACCAGCAGGAAGACCACCAGCAGGAGGCCUACCAGGACCACCAGCAGGAGGACUACUACAACAACCAUUGGGGAGCCAACCAGGACCACCAGCAGGAAGACCACCAGCAGGAGGCCUACCAGGACCACCAGCAGGAGAACUACCACAACAACCAUUGGGGAGCCAACCAGGACCACCAGCAGGAGGACUACUACAACAACCAUUGGGGAGCCAACCAGGACCACCAGCAGGAAGACCACCAGCAGGAGGCCUACCAGGACCACCAGCAGGAGAACUACCACAACAACCAUUGGGGAGCCAACCAGGACCACCAGCAGGAGGACUACAACAACCAUUGGGGAGCCAACUAGGACCACCAGCAGGAAGACCACCACAACCACCAUUGGGGAGCCGACCAGGACCACCAUUGGGAAGACAACCAAGGCCCCUACAACUGUGGUCUGCACAGCUUCCAGUAUGGUGGUGGUGCUGCCCAAUGAACCUCUAAGACUGGUCAAGGUUCUAGAUAAAUCCAACCAGUGGGUAGCUGUCAUUGAUGCUCCCAAGUACUGCAACUACACCUUGUUGCAGGGAAGGGGAGGGAACUUCUUCAUAACCCCCUACACGGCCUGUGAUGUCAGGAUAUUGAAUAACAACUAUGUUUUGAAGAUAUGGUAUCUGACAACUGGUGGCAUAAAAGGGUAUGUGGUGAUGAAAUGCCCAACCAGUGCUGGAGAACCCACAAAAGCCCCAACAACUACUCCCACUACAUGGGAGCAAACCAAACCGACCAGGACCACUGGAAUUGCUACGAAGACAACUAUGACAACCACUGGUGGGGAGCCAACUGUAGUCUGCACAGCCUCUAGUAUGGUAGUGGAGCUGUCCAAGGAACCUCUGGUACUAGUAGAGCUUCUAGCUGAAUCCAGCAAGUGGGUAGCUGUCAUUGAUGCUCCUGAGGAUUGCAACUACACCUUGGUUCAGAGCCGAGAAAGGAACUUCUUCAAAACCCCCUACACGGCGUGUGAUGUAAAGAUUCUGGUAAUCCCAUUUCUAGCAAAAUAGGCUACUCCUGUACUU